UCCGCGUCCAUGCUGUUUCCGUGUUGUUGUUGAAGUGUGUUUGCACUCCUUUCUGUGGAUUAUCUCAAGGAUUUGUCCGGUUUUAAAUCAUUUCCUCGGGGUAAAAUCAUGGAGGAGUCGCAGGAGUUGAAGCUGGACUUCACCCUGAAGGAGCUGAGCCUCUCCGGGCAGCCCGGAGCCGAGGGGGUCCCCGGCGGCUCCUCCACCCUGCAGGUCCGCGAAAACAAGCUGGUGUGUGUGGACUAUCCCGGAGUGUUCAGCAGCGUGGACAAGAUGCUGGAAACUCUGGGAGGGGAGCAAACUGUGACGAAAACCUUCGCUCACCCGAACAGACGCCUCGAGAUGCGCUUCCGACCGCAGGACCCUUUCUGUCACGCGGCGUGUGGAAACCGCCUCCCCUCCAGCAACCUCCUCCUCCGGGUGCGUCGCCGGGUGAGAAAAAAGGAUCCCAACGAUGCCCAGAUCCAAAUGGAAGUACUGGGAGUAAUCGCCACGACGUACAAAUUCCAAGGAAUGAUUGACUUUCAGUACCUGGCCAUGCACUCAGAAGGCCAAGAAAACACGUCCCUGUAUGACAAAAUCAUCCUCCGCAAAUCUGAGACUCAACAGUUCUUCGAGCAGCCCGUGCCUUACUUCCUGCCGCCGGCCAUCUUCUCUCGCCUCGACACGCCCGGGGAUUAUUUCUACCGGCGCGAAGUCCACAAGAACCCGAUGGAAACCAACAAGUCCUUCAUCUGCGUGAACCGCGCCCGCCGGCCCAACAACGCCAUUUUCGUGGCCUUCAUCGAUCCCACCGUGCCCAGCGAGUGCCUGGAGGCCGCCAGGACCAAGUGGGUGCGGGUGUGUCUGAAGGAGCACGACAAGCAGGCGGAGGAGAAGCUGAAAAGCAUGUUUGAGAGCCGACCCAUCUGGUCCCGGAACGGCGUCAAGGCCAACAUCAACCUCCACCCUGAUAAAAUGAAGCUGCUGCUGCCUGUCUAUGCCUACUACAUGGUGACGGGACCUUGGAGAAGUCUGUGGGUGAGGCUGGGCUACGAUCCCCGGAAGAGCCCGGAGUCCAAGAAAUACCAGAUGCUGGAUUUCCGGAUGCGCUGCAGCACCAAACAUGGUUAUUCGCUCUCUGAGAUCCCAGUGAAAGCCAAGAGGAGCGCCUUCAACUACAGUCUGCCCGUCACAUUCAACAAAGCAGGUCCUGUUCCAGCCAGUGUGAUGGAUCUUCCAGGUCAGGAGGGUGCGAGCACCAGCCGAGAUCCAGUCCCACACUCCUACCAGCUGAAGGAGUCGUCCUACAUCUUCAAAGAGGGAAUGCUGCCUCCUCACAGACAGAUGUUUUACCAGCUCUGUGAUUUGCAUGUGGAAAGUGUUCAAAAAGUGAUCGAGCAGAACAACGGUGCCGAGCAGGAGUGCGACGAGCGCGACGGGUGGUGUGUCCGCGGCACCACCGACAAGCUGCGCGACAUCAUCUCAGCCAUGAUCAAGAAGGUGAUCCGAGCCAAUAAACCAGAUUUACCACAGGUCCCUAAAAAGAUGAGACGCAAAGGCUUAAAGUCCACGACAGAAAUGGUCGCAGAGGAAGAGGAGGAUAAUGACAAUAAGGAAGGUGAAGAGGAGGAUGAAGAUGAUGAAUUUCAGCCUUCUGAAGGAAGUGAAAAUGAGAUGGAGACUGAAAUUCUGGAUUACUUGUGAAGACUGUAAUUGUGUUGACUGUUUAUAGUUUUGCAAACAUAGUUGUAUAUUGUUCAAAUGACCUGUGCAGUCAAAUGUAAAUAAAAGUUAUUUCUUCUGAAGGUG